AUGUCGAAAGCCUCAGGAUUGCGUGCUGGGGGCGGACCAGGAGUAAUGGCGAACAGCAUCGACAAUGACAAUCACCGCUCACACGACCACUCCUCUCACGAUCACGUCCAUGACCUCGACCAUUCCCUCCCCGACCGACACAAGAGCAAAUCGCAUGCCAUGGCCGCCGAAUCGACCAUUGCGCCCUUCCUCCACAAGCACAUCCCCGAGCAGCAGCAAGGCUCGCAUGCCCUCCACGAUAAGAGUCCAACCGGCGGUGAGCUGGGUUCACAGACACCCCGAGACACCAAAUUCUGCUACCGCCACGCACCAGACUCCAAGUGUAGGCGUCAGGCGGACGAGCCGUCAAUGGAACAGCUGCAGGCCGACCUCACCCAGCUGAGCCAGGAAGACCAGCAGGCUGUCUCCCACGUCUGGACCCUCUUCUCUGGCGCUCCUGCAAAGCACCGCAACCUCAUGCUCAAGGGUAUUCUCACACAGUGCUGCUUUCCACAGCUAUCAUUCAUAUCAGCCAACAUCCGCGAUCUGAUCAAGAUCGAUUUCGUCGCAGCUCUGCCCGCCGAGCUGGCCUUCAAGAUCCUCUGCUACCUCGACACAACAUCACUAUGCAAGGCCUCACAAGUUAGCCAACGGUGGCGGAGCUUGGCCGACGACGAUGUCGUAUGGCAUAAGAUGUGCGAGCAACACAUCGACCGGAAAUGCACCAAAUGUGGGUGGGGCCUACCUUUAUUGGAGAGAAAGAGGCUUCGGAUUGAGAAGAGACAGAUUCAGUUGAGAGCCACAGGCAGAGGGUUGAACCAGUGGUCGCCGGACAUCACACCCAUCCCGGAAGAGACUCUACCCGAGGUGCCAGCGGCCGAAGGAGAGGAUUCCAGCGAGGACGCCAGGUCGACAACAAACUCACUCUCCCGCAAACGUUCCCUCGAUUCCGGCCCAUCAGCCCCAGCCUCACCCGACUUGCACAAGAAACAACGCACGUCCUCCAACACCGACAUGUACAAUGAUAGCUCUCUCUUCCCUCGAAAACGGCCUUGGAAGGAUGUCUACAAAGAUCGCUUCAAGGUCGGCACUGCCUGGAAGUACGGCCGCUGCUCCACCAAGGUCUUCAAAGGCCAUACCAACGGCGUCAUGUGUCUCCAGUUCGACGACAACACCCUCAUUACAGGAUCAUACGACAGCACCGUCAAGGUGUGGGAUAUCAACACUGGGAAAUGCCUGCGAACGCUCACUGGUCAUACAAGCGGAAUUAGAUGCCUCCAAUUCGACGACCGGAAGCUGAUGACGGGUAGUCUCGACAGCACUUUGAAGUUGUGGGACUGGAGGACCGGAGAAUGUUUGCGGACAUUUCCCGCUCACACUGAUGGCAUCAUUACCCUGCACUUYACCCGUCGCUACGUGGCAUCUGGAUCCAGAGACAAGACGAUUCGUGUAUGGGACAGCGACACGAAGGAAACUUUCCUCCUGCGUGGCCAUGGAGACUGGGUCAACAGUGUCAAGAUUGAUGAACCAAGCCGCACACUUUUCUCCGCCUCCGACGAUCUCACUGUCCGACUAUGGGACCUCGACACUCACGAAUGCAUCCGUGUAUUCGAAGGACAUGUUGGUCAGGUGCAGCAAGUUGUGCCCAUGCCUGCCGAAUUCGAGCUGGAUGACCAUCGGGCUUCCAUUUCGGGUGAAAAGGAUGAUGAUGCUAGCAGCGUAUCGUCUGUACUCAUCGCACCUUCACACAGCGAGUCGAGAGGUAAGAGCAUUGAGCGUGAAUCAGCACCUCCAGCAUUUUGGCCAAAGAAAGAAGGCGGCAUGCGAUGCGAAGCGCAUCGACCUGCACCGCCGCGAUAUAUGAUCACCGGUGCACUGGACUCGACUAUUCGCCUAUGGGAUACACAUUUCCGUCCCAACAGCGCGGUUGAUCGUGCAUCUUGUUCCCCACCCAGCUCUCCGGAAGAAGGAGGCGACUGGUCUGGAAUCCUGCCGACGGAUCCGUUGACGAACUCGCAUACUCCACGCGCCGCAGCGUGUGUGAGAACCUUUUUCGGUCAUGUUGAAGGAAUCUGGGCGCUAUCGGCGGAUCAUUUGAGACUGAUCUCCGGGAGUGAAGACCGCAUGAUGAAGGUGUGGGAUCCACGAACGGGUAAAUGCGAGCGGACCUUCACUGGACAUCAAGGACCUGUCACAUGCGCGUGGCUGAGCGAUUCGAGGGUCGCGAGUGGAAGUGAGGACUGUGAAGUUCGAAUGCUGUGCUUCGGAGCCGGAUAG